GGAGGAAAGGAAAAAAAAAAAGUUUUGAAAGUUUUGAAGAUAUGUUACUUAAUCCAACACAUUGUAUGAGAUUAUCUCUAACAUGCCUUCCAUAUCUCACAAAGUCACAAAUUGUAGUCAACUUAAAGUAAAAGUCAACUUGCUUGACAAAUUCCCGCCAAACUUUAUCAUAAUUCAGAUAGCUAAUUCAUUUAUUCAUCAGUCCACCAUAUUCCAAAGCAUCCAAACCCAAAAAAAAUAAAAAUAAAAAAAAUAAAAAAUCAAACAUUGCCUUAAUCUUUUUUUGGUUUUUUACUCUAAAUGCCAAUUUUUCAUUAUCAUUCUCCAAUGAUUUCACGCUCAUUACCAUUUCUAGUCCUCUGGUUAUCAAUUUCACUAACCUCGGCUCAAAACGCGGGUGUUGAUCUUGCUAGGUUCUCUUGUAACGAUACUCUUGGCACCUACAACGAAACCAGUGCUUACGCCGCAAACCUUAAAACCCUUCUUACUUCCCUAAUCACCAACAGCCAAGAAAAUUGUGGCUUCCACAACCUUACUGCAGGGGACACUAGCAACGAUACGGUCAAUGUCAUUGCCCUUUGUCGCGGUGACCUAAAGUCAUCCGAUUGCACGGCCUGCCUUGUCAAUGCCGCUAGGCGGAUCCAGGUAGAUUGUCCCAACAACUUUGAAGCAAUUGGGUGGUACAAUGAUUGCAUGCUUCGAUACUCCCCACGUUCGAUCUUCGGCACCAUGGAGCCGUUGCCGGGUGAUGGGCUAAAUAGUGUAGGCAAUACGUCUGAUCCUGUCAGGUUCGAGCUAUGUCUAUCGAAUACAAUACCUACAAUGUCAUAAGACAAGAGUAUAUUUA